UGAAUUGGAUUAGUCAACUGCUGGUAUUAUACCAGAAAACAUCGUUUUUUGAUAGGGGUUCGAUAGGCGAUUUGUGUGCGGGGUUCGCCAAAAAGAGGCCCAAAUUGCCAGCUCGAGUAGUAGAGUAGUGCGUACGAAGGGUCGCGCGAUUUGAGGGGGCCCACCCGCCGAUCAAUGACGAAAUUUGCGGAAUCCGUAAUGAGAGUUGUUUGAUUUUGACGCCAGUUCCGAACUCGACCCGCUGAUGUGUAGUGUCGUGUUUGACGAGUCCUUGUUGUGAAUGAUCGGAUUUUUCUUUUGCUAUUGGUUUCCAUCAACGGAAGAUCGAAUCGGUUCUGUCGGUUGAUUUCCCGGCUUCAAUGCACAGUUUUGGACAGUAGACGACGGGACGACGGCCGAUGAUCGAUGGCCGAGUAUUCGGAAAUGACAGCCGUGUGACAAUAAACGAAACGUAACCGUGCGUGUGAUUUCUGUUGUUGUCGGUUCACGAAAAUAUAUCAAUCCGUUCACGUUGCCUGUUUCGAAUCUUUUUUUUUUUUGUUUGCUUCGUUCAAACUGAAAAUUAAUUAAGACACCACCGGAGGCAGAAUCAGACGGCAGCCGAAGAAAAAUUGUGACAAAACUCAAAAAUAGAUUUCUACGUGGGACACUUUGUUGAAAAGAAGAAACGAAAAUAGAGUGCAGGGAAAUUUCGGUUUUGUGGUGAUAUUCGACUGAUGUGAAAUUAAUUUUCGAUCUCCCAUAGAGAGUAAGGAAGAAGAAAAUUUGCUAAUUUGCUGGGUGGAUUGAAAAUUUCUAUUUUUUUUUUGAGUUCCGUUCCGAACCGAAUGAACCGAAACUGCAUGAUAGUGCCAGUUGCGAAAAAAAUAGAGUUCAAAGUGAUUUAAUGAUCCCCCUUCGAAGGCGGAGUCGUAAAGUCAACGGAGAAGAAAACAAAAAAGAACAAAUCCCACCAUCCAAAAGUGCAAUUUUAUGACAGCUGUCAGAAUGCAAUAAAAGGCCAAUUUAUCGACCACAGAAAGAAGCAACCGAGCAGGUGAAUAUGUAGUAGAACCGGGGAAGAGAAAGAGAUAGCAAGAGAUAUAAAACAAAACAAAACGUCAAAUGAACGAAACGGUGCAGUUUCGAAGACGCAAGAAGAAGAGAUGUUGGUGAUCGAUAUCAGUGAAUGACCCUGCGGUCUUAAAAGAAGCAGGAGAAAAAAAAAUCAAAGUGAAGUAAAACGUUAUCGAUUGAAGCGAAAAAAAAACAAACAGCAAAUCCUGUGUUUGACUGGGUGAACCCUUCCGGAUCGGAUCCGGUCCCCGGGGUGUUGUGAAGAAAGCUGAAAUUUUUUUUUCGAAAACAAAAACCUCAAACUGUUAACCACGGUGUCCCCCUUGGCAAAGCCAGCCGGAACGACGACGACGACCACGGCGGAAGGUUUUGGCACUACGCCGUCCACUGCUGGCGGCCGGCUGCAGCUGGAAAGUGUUGGCGGUGGUCGGCCACCGUCACCGUCCGCAUCGGAAGUCGAUCUCCACCACCGAAUGCAGCCAACCGUUCCGCAGAGCACGGGAGGUGGUGGUGAUAUGGACCUCCCCACCGUACAGUCGAUGGAUUGGGUGUUCCAGAACAAGCAGCUCUACUUCCUAGCGCAGUAUCUAGCACAGCAAGCCGAGAAGAAGGAAAAACUGUCGACUUCAGCCGCCGGCAUGGAUGGGACGCUGAGUGCAGCCGCCACCACCACAGCCACGGCGACCAGCAUCACCUCCCCGCUGGCUUCAUCGACCAUCAUCGAGCACAAUGGCAUCACGCCGCCCUCCCCCUCGACGACGCCACUGUCCGAUGCUGGCAGCGUAAGCGGGAAGCUGAUGGAACCCGGCAGCAGCCCGGACAAACCGCUGCUGGAUGGAGCCGAAUCACGACUCGAUCUACUGAAGGAGGUCAAAUCGUACAGUAUCAACAAUAACAGUAUCAGCAGUAAUAACAAUAACAACAACAACAACACCAUAAACAAUAGCAGCCAGUUGAACAAAAGCAGUACCGACAGUAGCUGCAACAACAGUAGCAGUACCAGGGUCAGUCCCAUCCCUGAUAAGGAUAGUGAUGUUGGUGUAAAUAGUUUCGAACAGCCUAGCAGUAAGAACAACAACAACAACAAUAGCAGUAACAAUGAAAGUGACAGCAGUUGCACCAAGGCUAAGGAGGACGAAUCCAAGGAGCCCGAGAGUGACAGUACGACGACCAAAUCGUUGACGGAGGAGUUGUCGGCGAAAGAUAGAGAGAUAUCGUCCCUGUUCGAAGAAGUGGCCCGGUUACGGACGGCCAUUGCCAAUAUUCAGGAAUCACACAACCUGCAAAUCCAGCGGCUAGAGGAUCGCCUAGAAGAGAAGCGGCAGCACAUUGUGCGGUUAGAAUCUCGCAUCGAGAAACAGCAGGAUUUCGAUGAUUUGAAGAAGGAAAACAACAUUCUGCGAUCCGUGGACCUCAGUUCACCACACGACACAAAGCAGUUCCAGGAGCUGCUGCUAGAACGCACCAAAGCCCUGGCCGCCCAAACCGAAGCGAUUAAGUCGUCCAAUUCCGAAGGAUCUCCAACGAGCGGUCAGCCGAAGCCCGCUUCGUCGCCACCGACGAGCAGCUGCAGCACCGCACUAGUCACCUCUCAUGCUAACGCUUGUAACGCCAAUAACGACCCGCCCAACAAUUAUAACAGCAUUAGCAACAAUAACAACAAUAGCAACAAAAACAACAACAACAACUACAACAGUAACAAUAGCACCGGUUUAAGCAACCACAAUCAAAAUAGCACCAGUAGUAAUGAAACCAACCUCAGUACCAUGGCUGGAGCCCCGAGCCGACCGGGUUCAAGUCCGAACGUUGUGCCGUCUCCUUGCUCUGGUGGUGUUGGUGGAUCUACCGGCGUUACCCCAACCGGUAGCCAAAGCCUAGCCCAACUCAACUCCAUACUCCCACCUCCGCUGCACAACGUUGAACAGUUUAGCUCGUUUCUGGGUGAAGAAAUUGUCAGCACCUGGCGACGUGGUCUGGAGCUGCCACCACCCCCUCCAGGACUGGCUGCGGCUGCCGCAGCGGCCGCAGCAGCUGCCGCCGCCGCCGCUCGCAACCAUCCACAGUUACUAAUGAACCAUCAUCCACCCACAGAUCUAGCCCAUCACGAUCAGGACAAAGCUAGUUCCCAUCAUGAAAAUUCCUCGAGCGCCAGCACACCAAUCCUGCAAGACACUUCCCGCCACGACGAACAUCUGAACGGCGGUGGUCUGACCCCGAUGCGGAUGUCCAAAAGUCCCCUCGAAGACAACAACAAUACCCUGGGACCGCUACCGCACUCGGGUUCCGGGCUGAUACAGGGUCUACCGUUUCACUUCCAAGAUCGGGGUCCAUUCCGGUUCGCGGAUGAUCUUCAGCUACCGCCCGGAUCGAUGGUUGGUCGCCUCGGAGAUUCUCUCAUCCCCAAAGGUGAUCCGAUGGAAGCUAGACUUCAGGAAAUGCUCCGGUACAACAUGGACAAGUACGCCAAUCAGAAUCUGGACACGCUGCACAUAUCGCGACGAGUUCGCGAGCUGCUCUCCGUGCACAACAUCGGUCAACGUUUGUUCGCCAAGUAUGUGCUGGGUCUCUCGCAAGGUACCGUAUCCGAACUGCUAUCCAAACCGAAACCGUGGGACAAACUAACCGAAAAAGGACGCGAUAGCUAUCGGAAGAUGCAUGCCUGGGCGUGCGAUGAAAAUGCCGUCCUGCUGCUCAAGUCGCUGAUCCCGAAAAAAGGUAAAGAACCCGGAAUGCCAUCCUUCGGACGGCCAGACGGUUCCGACAUGAACGACGAUCGAAUCCAGCAUAUUCUGUCCGAGGCCCAAUCGAUGAUCAAGCGAGAUCCAUCGGGUCUGUCAACUCCUCAGCAUCCCACUCAGCAGCAACAGCAACAACAACAACAGCAUAUGCACCAGCACCUUCAGCUUCAACAGCAGCUGCAGCUGAGUUCGCUGGAUGACUCCCAGCAUAGUGAUAAUGAUUCCAAGUCACCGCACAGUCGGGACGUGCAGUCACCAUUUGCCAAAGAUUACCUGAACCGGAGAGCCGCAAUGAAAAAGUUUGAAAACGAGGACAUCCCACAGGAUAAGAUAGCAAAAAUUUACCAGGAAGAGUUCUCGAAGCUGAUGCGAAGUCCCCGAGAAUUCCCAAGUUUUCUCUUCCCACACUUCCUUAGCGGUGGAAUGCCACCAAUGGAGCGUCUACAGGAUGAUAAUAUUCGCAUGGCUUUGGAAGCCUACCAUCGGGAGUUGGCUAAGAUUCAACAAAAUGCUGCAGCCGGAGGUGGCCUGCCGAACAUGCCGAAUAUCUCCAACCUCCCCAAUUUUCUGGCACUACAUCAGCAGCAGCAACAGGCUCAACAGCAUGCAGCCGCUGCUCAACAACAUCACCAACAAACAGGACUCAACGGAUCGGUACAAGAUCUGUCGCUGCCCAAGGAAAAACAGGCAAUCAAAUUGAACGGAUCGAUGACCGAUCUGGAGUGCGAGAUUGACGCCGCGAACAAAGAAGUCGACGAUGCCAUGAAACAUAGCGCGUUCAGCCUGGUGAAACCAAAACCCGAACCAGGCACCUGUACACCGACAACGACCGCAUCCUCCGCUCCAAGCCCCAUUAGUAACAGUAUCCUUCCGCCGGUGAUCGCUCCCUCGGAGGAAUUCGGAGUUACUGCUAGUCCUCUUCAACGGAUGGCAUCGAUCACCAAUUCUCUGAUAACUCAACCUCCGGUUACUCCCCAUCACAGCUCCCAGCAACGACCACUGAAAGCCAUCCUUCCGCCUAUCACCCAGCAACAGUUCGAUCUGUACAAUAAUCUGAACACCGAAGAUAUCGUUCGACGCGUCAAGGAAUCCCUAUCGCAAUACUCCAUCAGCCAACGGUUGUUUGGUGAGUCUGUACUCGGUCUUUCGCAAGGAUCGGUAAGUGAUCUUCUGGCACGGCCGAAACCGUGGCAUAUGCUUACUCAAAAGGGUCGCGAACCCUUCAUCCGUAUGAAAAUGUUCUUGGAAGACGAUAAUGCCGUUCACAAACUGGUCGCCAGCCAGUACAAGAUUGCACCGGAAAAGUUGAUGCGAACUGGCAACUACAGCGGAACUCCUCAGAUCCCGGGAAUGAUAUCCAAACAAAUGCCUCCGAUGCCGAAGAUGCUCAGCGACUCGAUCAACAAACUGCAGCAAGAUCAGAAAACUCUCCUCCAGCUACAGAUAUCUCAUAUGCAGCAAAUGCCUCCCACUUCGCAAGCUCAACAGCUUCAACAACAUCAGCAACAGCUGCACCAUCACCAGCUUGCUGCUGCGGCCGCUGCUCAGCAUCACGCCCAACAGGAAGCGGCUGCUCGACAACUUCCUCCAUCGUCGCAACCGUCUCCUAUUCCACCUAACCAGCAACAGUCACAGUCUCAGUCCGUUCAUCAACAACGUCAGCAGCCGUCACCGCAAACAAUGCUACUGACGCCACCUGGCAUUCCACCACAACACGCCAUUCCUCUGCAAACACCAGGACCACACGGUAUGGAUAAAAAAUCCGUCAUGCUAGGAGUCCACUCACCACAGCAACAGCUUCAACAUCAACAAACCCCAACAUCCCAUCAUCAACCGGGACCACCGUCUGGAGUGAACACAAUGCGCGGAAGUCUCCAUCAGCACAUCUCGCCGACCGUGUACGAAAUGGCUGCCCUCACCCAGGAUCUUGAUACCCAAGUUAUCACCACCAAAAUCAAGGAGGCACUUCUCGCAAACAAUAUUGGCCAAAAGAUAUUCGGUGAAGCUGUUCUCGGUCUAUCGCAAGGGUCCGUAUCGGAACUACUAUCCAAACCGAAACCCUGGCACAUGCUCAGUAUCAAGGGUCGUGAACCGUUCAUUCGCAUGCAGCUCUGGCUGAGUGACGCUAACAAUGUCGAACGGCUACAGAUGUUGAAGAAUGAACGCCGGGAAGCUAGCAAACGGCGACGAUCGACCGGUCCUGGAGCGCAGGAUAACAGCUCCGACACCAGCAGCAAUGACACCUCCGAAUUCUAUCACUCCAAUUCACCGGGACCGGGAUCGGUUGGUUCCGCUGCUGCCCCACCCAACAAGAAACAACGGGUGCUUUUCUCCGAGGAGCAGAAGGAAGCCCUUCGGCUUGCAUUCGCUCUGGAUCCAUACCCGAAUGUGCAAACUAUCGAAUUUCUGGCAACCGAACUUGGUCUCUCAACACGCACCAUCACCAACUGGUUCCACAAUCAUCGAAUGCGACUGAAACAGCAAGUUCCGCACGGUCAACCAAGUGAACCGAUCCCAUCACGUGAGAAUCAAUCCGGGGCACCGUUCGAUCCUGUGCAGUUCCGAGUACUGCUCAGUCAGAGGUUGAUGGAAAUUCAAAAAGAACGCAUGGGAUUGAGCGGAGUUCCACUGCCGUAUCCUCCCUACUUCGCGGCAAAUCCAAAUCUUGCGGCGCUGAUUGGCAGAGGUUUCAUCCCCGGAGACGUCGAUUUGGCAGCAAUUAACAAAGCCGUUAGCGAGCAGAUGAGCGGGCUGGACCUGUCAAUGCCGUCAUCGGUUAAGCGGGAAGGCGAAGAAGACUACGAUGAGGAUGGAGAAAGCGAUUCCGAAUCCGUCGAUGAUGGAUCCAAACGGGGUGAGAUGGAUGACCAUUCGGCGACCAGUUUGUCACUGGCCAGUCUGCAAGCCAUGUCCCGGAUAAACAGGCGAAAACCGGCGGCACCGCAGUGGGUCAACCCGGACUGGCAAGACGACAAGAAGACGAACAUUCCAGGCGGUGGAGUCGACGGCAAAAAAGACACCGAUUUGAUCAACGGUGUGUGCUUGUUGCAGUCGUCGGAAGGGGUACCGUCGGUACAGCAGAGGUUCGUCGCAGCGAUGGCGGCCGCAGCAGCUGCCGUAGCUGCCGCGGCAUCCGGAAGUGACAACGAGAACGACGACGCAAAGUCAACUCAUUCGAAACAGUCGGUUGAUGAUCGGACGGAGGAGGACGAUCGGCCGGAUCCGGUUGGAUCGAUCGCGGAGAAUGGAGCUGAGCUGAGUUCCGAGAAAGACAAGGAUCUGGUCCAGGUGAAAACGGAGAUGAUGGAAGAAAACGAACGGUGGGGCGAAUAUUGAGCUCACUUUUUUCCGAAAGAAAAACAAAGCAUGCUAUAUAUAGAGCCAGAAACAGAGAGAGAAAGAGGUUAUGAACCAACGAACAAAGUCAGCGUAUGCUGCGAUGGGGUAUUUAAAAAUGUCAGUGCAAUCGAGAAUAGCUAAAAAAAAAAGUACACAAUAAGCGAAGAUAUGAUGCGGAUAAAAAAAGAGUAAAGUCUGAACGCUUCCAUGCUGAUAGAAAAAAAAAUUGUUUGGAAGCGGAUUGCGGACGAUUUAUUGUGAUUAAGGAAGAAUGUCUUGUACUCUUCUGUUUUAAGUUGUUAUCAAAGUUUUUACAUAGGAUGCUCGUACUAUUCUUUUCUAAGGUAAACAAAACUGUCUGCGAUCCAACUUCCUCAGUUGUAAACAUAUUUUUAAUUUCCUACCAUUUUUCCCUGUAAAUACUAACUUUUAUACGAAUCGUUUAGUUUACCACUUCUACUUUUUUUUGAACUAUCAAUAUAAGAAGACUGUUAAAACAAGUUUUAAAUAAUAUAAUAUUGAUACAAACAUAAAGAAUUAGUAGUUUCUAAGUCGCUAGCAUAACUUUGAAAAGGGAUAAACGUUUUUUUUUUUUGAUAGAGAACAAGAAAGCGAAAACUUCGAUCUUUUUUCUGUUUGUAAUUUUAUAAUCGUAAGAAACUGAGUUUUCUCCAAAAUUGCAUUUACUUCUACCUUCUCUCGAAUCUUAGCCGAUAGAAAUGAGCAAAUAAUCGCAUAAUAGUAACAUAAACGUACUUAUAGGUAAACAAAAACUAGCGAUAAAUGUCCCUUUUAACCCCCACCCCGAACCGAAAUCCCUAAAUAUAUCCCAAGAGGAAUAAAGGAUAUAUAUGUAAUCAAAAACAAAAAUAUAUGAAAUGGGAAGCCCGGAACGGAAAAUCAAAAUGUUAGAUGAAAAAAAAACACAGACAUCGGGGAAAAGGCUUACUCUGUACAUAGUGAAAUGGAAUCAAUUUCCGAUUUAAGAUACAACUAAACCGGAACUAUGAAUAAACUCACACAGAAAAAGUAAACACAAGUAAAAGAAAAAGGCCAAAUAUUUAGCUGAUAAUAUUGAAAAUCCCCCAAAAUAGCAAAAAUUUUAGGUUUAUGCGGAUUUCGAUCUGACUUGUAACGUCGGAGGAAUAUCUCUUUUUUUAAACAAUUAUUUAUUUUCUUUCCGUUUCAUUUGGGCGGUGAUAAGCAUUUUUCAUAAGUUGAAACAAAUUAAGCAAAACAUACAGGAUUUUAGAAACUCAAAAAAAACUGCAUCGUAAAACCGAACGAAUGGAAGGAAGCAUGUUUAACGAUUAUAGAAACGAUCUCAAAACCAACCAAAUAUAUUUAAACAACAUGAAGGGCAAAUGCAUCAACGUUUAAAACAAAUAGGAUUGUAUUUAGUGAACGAACAAACAAGCAAACAAAAGUCAGUAAUCGAAUUUAUCGGGUUCUCUUUUCAGCGGUGGUCUGUUUGUUGAGAUUCAUUCAUCAUGUAAAACUGUUUCAGAACAUGCCAACUCUAUGUAAAUCUUUUGUAAAUAGUUUCUUCAGUUUGAACAGAGCUAAGUAAAACUUAUAAUGGAUAGUUUGUUUGACGUCAGGAUUUUUCAACAUAAGAGAAGAAAUAACAUGCACAGAAUAACUGCAAAAUGAUGAACGCAUAUCCGAAUUUAAUAGAAAAAAAGUGAGCGAGUAUCAAGUAUUUAUUCAGAAUUUUAAACGAACAAAUAGAUCCGUUCUUAACCGAAAACCGAAACGGUCAAAAAAUAAACGAAAGGAACCAUAGUCCUUGCAAAAAAAAGUAACCACAAAAUUUAACAGCAAAAGUAAGCAUCGUAGAAUAUACAACAGAAUUUAGCAGUUGAGUUCUUUAAAAAUUCUUUUCGAUUGCAAACUUUUUCCAAUAACAGAUACCACAAUUUUGCGCUCCGUGGACGACGAAAACAACCAGAAAGAAAAAAUUACAACACAAACAAUCAAAUUGUUUGUUUUGGAAUGCGUGCGGAAAAAACGAUAAUAGCUAGGAAUGUGAAUUUUAUACCGAAGUAAACUGUAAAUUCAAGUUAGAAUGUUCCAACCAAAAGCUGGAACGCAUGAAACGAACGAGAGUACUUUUAACAAACAGGAAAAUUAUAAUACGUAAAUGCAUCAUUCAGAAACAAAUGGAAUGUAGCGAAUAUAAUCCCCUGAAAAGAGCAAGGAUAACUGAAAUUUGAAUGCGUUCAUAGUUCAAAAGAAUGUUUAUUUCAUAAUGCUUUCUGUUCUCGAAGAAUUUAAAUUACCGUUUGGAACAAGAAGCAAAAGCAAGAUGAUGGGAAAAUGAUUGACUUUAGAAAAGUCAAACAAACACAAAUUAUGUUUUUAAGAAUGAUGGAAUUUGUUAAUUUAUUAUUCGGUUAGUUUUUAUGAUUAUUAUAACGAUUAACAACUACUUUUGCUAUAUUCUUAGAAAGAAGAAAAACUUAAUUUUACAGCAGAACUCUGUUCACUUUCUUUUUUUUUUACUGUGUGAAUGCCGAAGACGGAAGAUGUAGAUAAACCGAAUGUGAAAUUGUUGAUAAUUAUUUUCUUUCAAAAAUGCAACAAUCAGAACAAAAGUGGAAUCAUGUUGAAUUAGGCGAAAUUUUAAAGGUAAAAUAGAACAAAAGUAGAAACCGAGAGACAGGCAUGGUAAAAUUUAAGUGUCUAUACGGAGGUGUCUGAAACUCGAGGAUCGGGAAUUUAAGGCGAUUCAUUGACGCGAACAUAAAGAAAAAAUAAUGCAAAAAAUAGAAAAGAACAAAAAAAAAUUCAUUAAUUUAACACCGCAACCGUAGCUCUAGCCAUUAAACGAAACAAAACAGUAAAACAAUAAAGCUUUCCAAAGUUUGGGUUGCCCGAGGUAGACAGGGCUACACAAAUGUAAUCAUACGGAAAAGUGGAUGGAAUAAAGAAAUCUGUAAAUACCUAUUAUCAUAUCAUUAUAUUAUAUUAAUUAAUUAUAAUUAUUAUAUUAAAAUUAUUAUUACAAUUAUAAUGGUAAUAUUAUUACAUUGAAUGAAUAAAGUAAAACGGUAAUAAAAUAUUAAA